AUCAUUUCACCCAUGAAGAUGCUGGCUGUGCCUCUACUUGUCUGUGCCAUGAUGGCUCUGACCAGUGCUGCUGCUGUUCCAGAAGCAAAUCCUGGUGAAAGGACACUUCAGAAAAGUGAGUUGGUUUUUGGGAGCAGUGCCAAGUCUUGUCCCAGUGGUUGGAUUGCUGAGAAUGGUCGCUGUUUCCUCUACUUUCCAACACCCAUGACUUGGGCUGAUGCUGAGAAAAAAUGUCAGUUCCAUGGUGGAAACCUUGCAUCAGUGCACAACUUUGAUGAGCAUUACAUGAUUCAGAGUAUGAUUCUGAGGAAAACUCAUAGUUAUCCACUCACAUGGCUUGGAGGCUCAGAUGCACAGCAGGAGGGAACCUGGUUCUGGAGUGACGGUACACCUUUUAGGUUCAACUACUGGUCUACAGGACAGCCUGAUAAUCAUGCAAAUGCACACUGUCUGUCGAUGAACUAUGGAGAUCAGAAGAAAUUUGACGAUCAGCCUUGCUCUUACAGAAAACCAUUCGUCUGCGCCAAACCCCUGUAAUAUCUCUUUGGAUAACAGAGGAACAUACAGUACAUGUCACGACCACAGGAGUUGGUUGGAUAUGUGAUUGUUAUCUGUGUGUCUUCAUCAGAUGUUGGUUCUUCCAUGUAGUAAUCCAUACUUCUUUCCUAUAACUAUAACACAAACUAAGGAAUGAGAGUUAUCUUUUUUUUCUUGUCAUACACAUAAU